UUCUCUUAAGGCGUUCCUAGGUUGGGCUUCGCCGCUCUCAAUCAGGUCGAUCACUCCAGCUCCAGAUCCGGUCGCCCGGGGGACGCCAUCGCCCGGUUUUUCCAAUGUCUUCUGCCAUGAGACCGGUCUUUUGUGGGAACUUCGAGUAUGAUGCCCGGCAGUCGGAGAUAGAGCGGAUGUUUGCGAAAUUUGGCAAAGUCGAUAGAGUGGACAUGAAAACAGUGCACUGCAGUCUCUUGAGUGUUCUUCAUGUUGUUCUUGGCUGAGUUCUUCGUCCGCGUCAUUCAUCAUAGGAAAAACAUCAUAAAAAAAACUACGCACUGCUCUCAACAUUUCGUGAUGAUCUUGCCUGACAACGGUACUGACUACGUUGGCAUCAUUAUUUUCUUCCGUUUCAUCUCGGACACCAGGCUUCGCCUUUGUUUACAUGGAGGACGAACGAGAUGCCGAAGACGCCAUUCAGGACCUGGACAACGUCGAGUUUGGCCGCCAGCGACGGCCUCUCCGUGUGGAGUGGGCUAAGUCCGAAUCGAUUCGUUUGCAGCAAGGUGACAGUGCCAUCAAAAGAAGAGAAGACGCCCGAAGAAGCAUCACCAAGCAGAGGCCAACCAAGACGCUGUUCGUCGUCAACUUCGACCCCAUCAACACCAGAACGCGCGACUUGGAGCGGCACUUUGAGCCGUAUGGCAAGCUCGUCCGGGUGCAAAUCCGGAAGAACUUCGCAUUCGUCCAGUACGAGUCGCAGGAGGAGGCAACCAAGGCUCUGGAAUCCACUCACCUGAGCAAAGUCGUGGACAGGGUGAUCAGUGUCGAGUACGCUGCGAGAGAAAAUGGUGAUCCUCCUGGAAGGGGUCGACGCAGUCCAAGCCCUCGCCAUAGAUCACGCGGCAGUCCCGACUAUGGGGGUGGUCGUCCACGAUCUCCCUAUAGCCGCCAUCGCAGCAGUCGCUCCCCAGUAAGACGCUAUAGGAGCCGGUCGCCAGAUUAUCGCCCAUACUCUGGAAGCCGCCAUUAAAAGUUUUCAACGACGCAGAAACGCUGGAUUUGUUUGCUUGGUUCUUUUUACAAUGUAUAGCUAAUAUUCUAUCUUGUAACUGUUCUUAAAAACUCUAUUAAUUCUGUUUAGCAAAGUUAA